CAACGAAUGCAAUCAACCCCGCGUGCACAAUCAAAUAGAACAAGUUGUCCUACAACUUUAGGCUGUGCACACCAUAUGAGAGAAGAAGAAGUGGACAAGUGUAGAAGGAUCUGGGCCAAAUACAGGUAAAUGGGAAUAGCUCAGAUAGGGGCAUCUUUGUCACCUGGAGCUAGAUGGGCCGAAAGGCCUGUUUCCAUACUAUAUGACUCUAUAUACAGAUCACUGUCCUAUUUAGAAUAAUUUGGAGUGGUUCCUUGCAUUAAUAUUGUGUGCCUCUCACACACACAGCAGUUAAGGACUCCGUGCACAUUUUAUCCUCUUUAUGAGCCACACACAAAGAUAAAAGAGCCUCUCCUUCCAUCCAUGCAAAGCCUGGUCUCCAUGGCGACACGUGGGCGGGCCAUAACCCGGAACUGGAAAUGGCUGUGGGACGAUUUUUUUAAUUGUUGGUCGGGGAUAAGACGGUUUUCGGUUGUUUGACCGAUAAGUUGCCUCGGGCGGGAUAUCAUGCCUGCAGAGGAUAAACGCUGGGAGACUUUGCAGGCGUUGCGCAACUCGAAGAAAGGGCGGCUGACCUACGACACGAGCUGGCUGGAGGACGGGGAGGAUAUUUUGGAACAAUGCCAAUCAUCACCCAAGCUUUCUGUAAACUCAGCAUGGGUACUGGACCACUUGUCACGACCCGAAACUCAGUCUGGAAACGACCAAUUACCAGAGAAGUCUGUUCCUUCUCCAGAUCCAAGAACAGAAGAGGAAAAUAAUAACAAUGUGCAGCAGUUGGAUGAGGAAUUGACUCCAGAACGCGCAUUUCUGCUGCUUUCUCCUGAAGCAACUCAGAUUGAAGGCUAUGUUAAAAUGUAUGAGACAGUCCACAAAAUUAAGGGCCAGGCUGAACUGAAGCAUCGCCAGGAACUUCAACAGAAAAUUGUUCAUGAUCUCUCGACAUCAUCUACUGAACAAAUGAAACGAUUUGAAGAAUCCCUGGAGCUUAAGCAACGGCAGGAAUAUGAGGAGAUGCGUGACAUGAUGGAGAAAGGAUCUCUUGAAGCUCGAGGACGUCAAGAAAAGUUAAAAGAAGAACACCGGCGUAAAGCUAAGAAUAUGAACCUGAAACUACGAGAAGCCGAGCAGCAGCGGAUACGGCAGAAGGAGUUGGAGCAUCAGAGGCAAGCAGAAAGCCGAGAUCGACUGCGCAAGUUGAAUGCUAUCCAGGCAGAAGUGUUACAUCUGAAUAUGCAGAUCGAGCCCUACUUGAAACAGAAGGACCUUGUGGGACUGGACCUCUCGGAAUACAGUAAUCGUGGCAAUCAACUUUGCAGCCUGGUGUCAGGAGUUAUUAAGCUCACAUCAGAGGGUGGCUUGCUACAACAAGAGGAAAUGCUGAAUGCAGAGCGAGCCCUGCUGCAAAUGAGAACGCUGAUAGCCGCUAUGCAUGAGAAAAUUGCUGCUGUAGCAGCAGAGAAGAAGAGGGUAAAAGAAGAAGAGGAGAAAGCACUUCAGAAAAAACAAGAAGUCAAAACUGAAGUAGCACCACCAGCUCCUCAACAGAAGCCCACUCAUAAAGAAGGGCUACAAUUAAAGGCAGAUUCAAGCACUUUGCAAUGGUAUCAACGGUUGCAGGAUAUCUGUAAUCAAUGUGCAGCAUCCAUUAAUGAUCUUAACAACAGCAAGGAUAGUAAGGUUAAGAAGAUUAAAAUGGAUCUUCAGAAGACAGCAACUAUUCCCGUUGGUCAAAUCUCUUCUGUCGCAGCAUCUCACCUGCGUGAAAUCUUUGACAAGAUCAAUAACCUCCUCCUAGGCAAGCAAAUAUCAUCAGGUGGGAAGUUGGUGUCGAUUUCUCAACACCCACAAGGUCAGGAGUUUGUCUAUUACAAACUGGCAGAAAAAUUUGUGAAACAAGGGGAGGAGGAGGUUGCAUCUCACCAUGAAGCUGCAUUUCCAAUAGCAGUGGUUGCUUCAGGGAUCUGGGAGUCUCACCCGAAGGUUGGCGAUAUUUUCUUGGCUCACUUGCACCGAAAGUGUCCCUAUGCAGUCCCGUUUUUCCCUUCAUGGAAAGAUGGGUUACCAAAGGAAGAAUACCAAAGGUUAUUGGGGUACAGAGUGCAGGAAAAUUGUGUUGAGCAGCAGGACAACUUUCUGAAACGGAUGUCUGGAAUGGUUCGUCUGUAUGCAGCCAUCAUAGUGUCAAGAUGGCCCUAUGGAACAAAGCAAGGGGAACAUCCACAUGACCUGAAUCAUGCUUGGCGCUGGUUAGCUCAGAUGUUAAACAUGGAACCAUUGGCUGACGUGACUGCUACACUACUCUUUGACUUCUUGGAGGUCUGUGGCCAUGCUUUGAUGUUAAAGUACCAGAAUCAGUUCUGGAAAAUGAUCCGACUAAUCAUGACUGAAUAUUUCCCCAGGAUUGAAGCUGUUACAGGCAAUGGUCAAGUUGGGGCCGUAAUCCGAUUGCGCCAAUUCCUCGAGAAAAGCUUGAAACAAAAAGAUUUUCCUUUACCGAAGGGCUACCUAAAACCUGCAUUCUGGAAGUCGUGAACAAUUCAAACGACUGGAUCAACAAGCCAAGGAAAUUUUACUUGCUCUCGACUAAAUCAUUUUUUAAAUUUUACUGUUGUAUAUUAAUAUUAAAAAUAAUUAACUUAAGUGGGAUUGUCGAUAUUAAUUGAAUGUUUAUACUUAAUUUGUCAGUUCUACUGUGACUUAAAGCUUUGUGUUGCUCUUGGUGUUCAACAUUUUGUAGUCCUCUAAGCUAUAGUAAUUGACAAGAGGGCAAACAGUGUUUGAGAAGCUGUAUAUUUUAAUUGAUUGUUUGUGAUUUGGGGUUUAUUGUGUAACAUGAAAUGAUCAUGUGACUAUUAUUGUAUGAAGUAAUCAGCAUCCACUGUCGUCACAGGUUGCAUCAAGUAUUUACGGAUCGGUGCAGUUGAUGUUUCUUGAGAGUAUUAAUAGGUUGUGGGAAGCCUUUAUAAUAUGCUGUAUACUAACUUUGUAAAAAUAUUUGUGGUAUCUUAUGCAUUGGACACUCAAUCUAAUGAUUGAUGUGAAUGGUGAAGUAACUUGCCUAGGAUUUGGUGAAUUAUUUCCUUUAGAAGGCAUCAUGUUCUUUUUAAAUAUUGUUUUGCUAACUACUUGGUUUCCGUUAACUGUGUACCUUGAAUAGUUGAGUAGCCUGCUAUACUUCCAAAUUACUAUCUUCCACCAAGCACAUUCUCCCCUUGAAGUAUCAUUGAUUGUAUUGAGCAACGACUUUACUAUAUCUGUCCUCUCCACUGAGGAGUGGUAAUCUGCCUGAUGGGGAACCAGUUAGAUGUGGGGUUGGGAAGUUUUACUCAGCCCUUUUCUGCUUAUCCCAUUACUAUAUUUUCUACACUUUAUAAGGUGUAUUUUGCCACUUCCCUGGGAAUAGUUUGGGACAAUCAUGCAUAUAAAUAAAUUAAGUAUUUAAGGCAUUUCUAGAAAAUUAUAAAGACCAUUGCAUCCAUCUGCUUUGUGACUUUGUGGUCCACUUAAGCUGCCCCCUGUUGUAUUUUCAUUUUUCUCUUAUCAACCGAUAAUUCUAUUUAUUUCAUCAUUAUGCUCACUGAGUAGAAUAGCCUUGUGCAGAAAUUUCUAUUUGCAUAGAAUUUUCAACGCCUCGGAUGGCUAUUUGGCUCAUCUAGUCCAAAUCUGCAUGAGUGGAUAUAAUAGGCUCUUCCUACCCUGCCCCAUCAGAAAAAUGUUCUUUCUUCAUUUAAUUUAUUGGUGGUUCUCUUGUAUUUAUGAACCCCCAUUUUGGAUAACUUCCCUACAAAUGAUUUUUUUUUUCUCCUUUAAAUAGCUAUUUAUAAUUUUAAAGAUCUCUAGGGUAGACACAAAAUGCUGGGGAGUAACUCAGUGGGACAGGCAGCAUCUCUAGAGGGAAGGAUUGAGACCCUUCUUCAUUCUUUAAAGAUCUCUACCUCUCCUAGAGUUUAAAAAAAAAAAUGUUGUCACGAAACUGAGAUUAACUAGCUUUUAUUUAAAAAAUGGAAAAAUAACCAUGUGAUACCGUUUCUGUAUUUCUUCUGUGCAAGGAGAAUGAAAAUUAGAGGUCAAUUCAUAAACAAUUGUUGAAUGAACAUGGGCUAUCCUUGAUUUUGGUCUAGACUUUUUGUAUUGCAUUGUCAAAUCUAUUUGCAUUUGCGAAGAGUGCUUGCGUUAAAUGUAUUCCUAAAUGCAAUAGUUUAGAGCAUUUUUGGAACUUAGCAUUUAUGAAUUAAUGGGUUUUGCCCUUUUGUAUGCAAGAUGCAGUAUCCACUUUAUGUAAUGAUUUUAACAGAGCAAAUGUAUUCCAAAACAGCACUGACAUUAUCAAACAGAAAAUUGAUAUUGUAUCAUGUGAAGGUAGUGGUGCAAUACCAAACUUUUAAAACUUAAGUUGGAUUUUAAAGUCUUCAGGAGGGGUAGAGAGAUCAUACGACAUAGGAGCAGAUUUGGCCCAUUGAAUCUGCUCUGCCAUUCAACCAUGGCUGAAGUAUUUUUCCUUCUCAACCCUAUUCUCCUGCCUUCUCACUAAUCUUUGAUGCCCUUACUAAUCAAGAAACCUAUCUGUCUCAGCUUUAAAGAUAAAUAUCAUCUGCAAUCACCACUUUAGAGAUAAAGGAGAAGAUCUCCAAGCUUUUAGGAACUUGGAUCUAAAUGGUGGAGUGAUUGUGUUUUUAAAUAAUUAUACUGAGUAUGCCAAAACUCAAAGUAUGCAGAGGGACUGAAAGAGGCCGUACAGAUAGAAAGGGGCAAGACAUGAAAGCGAGGAUUAGAAUUUUGAAGUUAAUGCUUUUCUGAAUUGCAAUAUCAUGGAGGACUGAUAAUUGGGAUGAUGCUGUGUAUAUCACAUGCAGCAUGCCUUACUGUGAUAGAAAGUUACAGGGAAGGCAGGAGAACAAUUAAAUGUUCGUGUUUUGAGGUGAGGGAUUCAGCAGAAGAUGGGCGAGUUGGAUGGUGAUAAUGGGUUGGAACAGUCUAAAUCUGUCACAGAAACAAUGUUCAAAACUUAUCUUUGUCAGAAAACACACCUUGCUUGUGAGCAGUGAAUCAAUGUUCCGAAAGAUGCGAUGUGACAGAUUCCGUGUCUGGGGAAACGGUCUUUGUGACAAGUACUUUAUUUUUUUUCACUGAACCAUUCCUAAAUGACAGACAGGCUGACAAUUUAUAAAUACCAGGCCAAGAGAGAUGGUGGUGAUUUGAUAUACGUGGGUGUUAUUAUGAUAUAGUGGAAACUGUUGUGCUUUAGAAUGAUGAUGCUGAGGAGUAGCACAUAGGCAAGCAUUAAGAAGGAAGUUGAAGGAUGAAUCAAGAGUGUUUAAUUGUCAAUUGAGCCGAAAACAAAACAAUUGAAUUAUUUCUGACUUAUUUUCUUACUUGCACAGUGUAUUCUGUUUACAUAUUCUGUUGUGCUGCAGCAAGCAAGAAUUUCAUUGUCCUAUCUGGGUCACAUGACAAUAAAACUCUUUUGACUCUUGA